AUGAUAAAACGCAAAACGAUCGGGGCAUCUCAUGGGUGGAUAGCUACUCUAAAGGACGACGGCAUCCUUCGUCUCCAAGAUGAUCUAAACCCGUAUGCUUCGGAUACAAAUCCGAAACGCAUCCCGCUGCCUCCUCUUGUGACUCUGCCACACUGCCAAACCAAAAUCACCACCAACGUGUCAAUGUCCUCAUCUUCUCCAGAGGAUGACGAGGACUGUGUCGUGGCUGUCAAGUUCUUGGGACCUCAGCUCAGCUUUUGCAGGCCAGCUGAGAGUAAACCAGAGUGGACCAGCGUCAAGCUCGAGAACCCUUGCUUCCACUCCUCCCGUGUCAUGUUUUCCAAGAAAGACAAGCAAGAGGGAGCACUUUGUGGUCAGAUGGUGCAAGAAGACAAUCGAGAUGACCAAAAGUGGCGUAGCCACAAUGAGAAGGAAAGCUCUAAAGUUGUUCAGGUUAGACGAGGAGGAGGAAGGAAACGAUAUGCUUCAGAGCGCGCGGCUGAACGGGAUUUUUUGGAUUCGUUCUGCAAGAGCGAGCACUUGGUGGAGUCACCAACUGGUGAGACUUUCUUGGUUGAGCAGUACAAGAAGAAGAGAAUUGUUAAAGAAGGUGUCGCUAGAAUGAGAAGAGAGUUUUUGAUAGUGUACAAGCUAGACAAUGAAGGAACCCCGGUCUACACUCAAGACAUGGGAGAUGUCACCAUGUUCCUCUCAAAGUCUGAACCUUUCUGUGUCCCUUCUACUUCCUUUCCUGGUUUGCGUCGUAACUACAUUCACAUCCUCGAUGUUGAUGAAAUCGUAGGUUAUGAUGUAGGUGACAUCUCCAUCGCUGCUGCAAGUGGUACAUUUUAUUCCCCUUAUUAUUUUCCACCAGUUGACAACUAG